GGCCAUUCCAAGUGGUCGACAGGCAGCUAUGGCAACCGCCACCUUGACCUCGCCUAGCUCCGUUCCAGAACUCACCACAUCCAAAUCCUCCAAAUCCUCCUCCUUCUACUCUUCUUCGCAUGAUGCCGACCCCAACGUCAGUUUUGCGGAUAAUUCUAAUUUCGAAGACAUCGGUCUCGAAGAUGACGCAGAAAUACAAGCCUAUCCCGCGAAACUUCCGUAUCCCCGUUCUCGGUCCCGAGCUGGCUCUCGAGCUUCCAGUCAAAAUCGUGUGAUAUCGCAUAUUACCAGCAUAAAUACUAUGCAAUCGGCAACUCCGCCGGCCAAACAAGGCAGGGAAUUGACUUCUGGUCAGCGGAGACAAAUCACUCCACCGUCGUCAAGAGCUCUUCAGGGUAUGCCGGGACAAUUACCAAGAGGAACGCUAGAUCCGAGGACGAUGAAGAGUGGUCGACGAUUGACGCACGGAAGCGUAUCAACUCCAUCUUUGCCGUACCGCCAACCUCGAUCACGCUCAGUAUCUCCUUCUGCGCCUCCUUUGAACUCAGGAGUUUCUUUACCUUCGCCCUCUCCUUCCAGCCAGAGUCUGUCGCCAUUGGCUCCUCGUAAUCCUUCCGCGUCGCGACGCGGCUCGAUACAGCGGAAAUCGGUAAAGGAGCUUGAGGCCGAGUAUCACGAUUCUGACGAUGACUUGCCGGAUGAUGCUAGCCUCUUCAAUGUGCCGUUGUCGCCGCGUCCGCCUCAAGAACGUCCAGCUUCGCGAAGUACGAGCCCUGAUCAAGUCAGCAGUCCCAGGCCCGUACCUUUACCGCAUGCUGUUUCGGAAGAACAUGUAGCUUCCUUAUCGAAAUCUCGAAAUUCUUCUCGGCAUUCGCCAAGCACCAAGUCAAGACUCACAGUGACUCGAUCUGCGUCCGCGGGUCCUGAACGAGGUCAGAUCUCUCCGCGAGACCCACGCACAUACUCGUACAACCUCGCCAUGGCUGAGCUGUCUGAGGAAGCAAAGGUCUUGACACAGACCCUGGAACACCACGCUGACGAUGUCGAUCGCAAACGCGAAGAACGAGUUCAGAGCGGUCUGUCAUCGGAACGAUCCAGUGUAGAAUCUGGGUCAAAGCGACUCUCUGGCAGUAUACAGGAUUUACCGCCUGUGCAGAAAUCCAACGUCAUGAUUGACCCGUUACCUGUCAGUAAGGAGAAGGAAAAGGUUCUUAGUCGUACGCGCCCCAGUUGGCUGCCGCCGAAGGACCCGUUGGAAGAGAAGAAACAUUUGAAGGAGUAUAGAAAGAUGAUGACUUUGGCCAAGGAAGCAGAGAGGAAAAAGGCCGCCAAAGCCGCUGCCGUGCAGUGUGAAAAAGAUAAUACUAGGGAAGCGUUACAACGGAUAUGGGAAGACCAUGUCCUGCCUAAUUGGAACAAUGCGAUUGCAGAACCUCGGAUGAGGGAGCUUUGGUGGCGAGGCGUAACGCCGCGGUGCCGGGGAGCCGUGUGGCAACGAGCUAUCAGUAAUGAGCUAUCAUUGACUCCAGAAUCGUAUCAAAAGGCACUUCAGCGGGCCAAAGACGCAAAGUCUCGAGGAGACGAAGAUGCCAGUGAUAGUAGUCGAAGGAUGCGAGAAUGGUUUGCAGCUAUCUCUCGAGAUGUCUCGUCCGCAUUCCCCGAACUCCAUCUCUUUCAAGAAGGUGGGCCUCUACGGGAUACUUUGAUUGAUGUGUUGGAGGCAUAUGCCAUGUAUCGAAGUGAUGUCGGGUACACCUAUGGCCUUCACACCAUUGCUGCUCUUCUUGUUCUUCAACUUCCUACCGCUGCUUCCGCAUUUAUUACCAUGGCCAACAUCCUCAAUCGCCCACUUCCUCUCGCCUUUUUGACCCAUGACCGUUCUGCGAUAGCUCGAACAUAUGGGCUUGCCUCGGCUACACUACGCUAUAAAUUCCCCCGUCUUUAUAGUCAUCUCUACGAAACAGCGCAGCUUAGCGAUGAAGAUAUCUGGGGCCCAAUGUUUCGCUCUCUAUUCACCAACGGCCUUGAUCUCGAACAUCUAAGUCGUGUAUGGGAUUGCUGGGCCUUUGAAGGCGACCGCAUCAUAAUCCGCGCCGGAGUCGCCGUACUGGGCUGUCUACAAACACAAUUACUCGGCCUCUCAGGAACGGAAGCCAAAUCCCGCGAGGAAAUAAAACACGUCGUGGGCUGGGGCCCUCAUGAUCUGGGUACGCUCACACGAGACAGCAAGACUCGCCAUAGUUCCCCGACACCGAUCAUGGGGUACGGAGGUGGUCAAUUUGCCAACGCCGGCGUUGGGCAUUAUUGGAUUCUGAGUUUGGCGGGUGAUGAGGAUAGUUUUAUGAAUGAAGUACGAGAGGCUGGCAAAGUACAGUCUUGAUUUUAUCGACAGGGGUCCGUGUCCUCUUUUCUUUCGAUUCUGUUCACUCGUUUUAUCCUCCUGUUUUCUGGGCUGAUAUGGUUAAAUGGGAAUUUGUAUUAUUGAUUUGAUAACUAUUUUCAUCAUUACUUUUUUGCUUUUCUUUUUGCUUUCUGAUUUAUAAACCUUUUUAUUUUGUGUAUAUUAGCAAUUGUUUCUACUGCCGUGUUUGUUCCAAUGACUAUACUUCUUGAAGAUAACUUGGUGGUAGAAUUUACGCUGAUUCAUCCGCC